AACUACUCAGUAAUCAAAAUGGCUAACCUUAGAACUCAAAAGAGACUUGCUGCCAGUGUUGUUGGUGUUGGUAAGAGAAAGAUCUGGUUGGACCCUAACGAAACCACCGAGAUCGCUAACGCCAACUCCCGUCAAGCCAUCAGAAAGUUAUACAGAAAUGGUACCAUCGUCAAGAAGCCAGUUACUGUCCACUCCAGAUCCAGAGCUAGAGCUUUGUUAGAAUCUAAGAGAGCCGGUAGACACAUGGGUUACGGUAAGAGAAAGGGUACCAAGGACGCUCGUAUGCCAUCCCAAGUUUUGUGGAUGAGAAGAUUGAGAGUUUUGAGAAGAUUGUUGGCCAAGUACAGAGAUGCUGGUAAGAUCGACAAGCACUUAUACCACAACUUAUACAAGUCUGCCAAGGGUAACACUUUCAAGCACAAGAGAUCUUUGGUUGAACACAUCAUCCAAGCCAAGGCCGAAGCCUUGCGUGAAAAGGCUCUUAAGGACGAAGCUGAAGCUAGAAGAGCUAGAAACAGAGCUGCUCGUGAAAGAAGACAACAAAGAGUCGCUGAAAAGAGAGAAGCUUUCUUGGCUGAAUCUAACUAAGCGUAUGAAUGAUCGAAAUCCAUCAAUCAAGAAGCCACUGUUGAUCAUUUUGAGAAACGUUCAUUAUAUUUUUAAUAUACACAUAUUAUUCUAAUAGUUUCUAUUGUUCUGAUUUGGCUGUUGGUGCUUGAUUAUUCUCUUCCUGUGCUUUAUUUUCCACCCAUUUCCUGUUUAUUAUAUAUGGUUAUAUGUAAAUGACAUCUGUAUAAGUAGACGAGUGUAGAUGUGU